AUGCCUCCCAAGAACGCAUCUGUAGGCUGCUUCACUGGAUUGCUUAGCGGGCUCCGACUGUCGAAGACUGGAGCACGCGCCGCCCAAACCUCUGGAAGUUCCGUCGCAGCCCAUGGCACAUGUAAAACGAACUCGAAUGCCAUGGCCAUUGGUUCCGUGUACAGGCCUGAAGUCAUGGAAACCAUCGAAAAGACUCUGGACAUGCUUGAUCCGGAGCUGCGCAAGCUGAGCCUCCAGAUCCAUGAUCACCCUGAGAUAAUGUUCGAAGAGAAAUAUGCCCAUGAUACACUUACGGAGUUCAUGGCUUCGCAUGGGUUUGAAGUAACGAAGCAUUAUCUGGACAUGGACACAGCGUGGCGCGCUGAGUUCUCGCACAAAGAGGGUGGUCGCGUCCUCGGUGUUAAUAGCGAAAUGGACGCGCUGCCAAAGAUCGGACAUGCAUGUGGCCAUAACCUAAUAGCUAUUAGUGGGGUCGGUGUCGCACUCGCUGUCAAGGCUGCACUACAGAAGCAUGAUGUUCCUGGAAAGGUCGUGCUCCUGGGCACGCCGGCCGAAGAAGGAGGCGGAGGCAAGCUAGUGCUGCUUGAUCGCGGUGGCUACAAAGAGAUGGAUGCUUGUGUCAUGUGUCAUCCCGGCCCGGGCCCUGCUCACUCCGUCGGACUAGGCCCGUCCUUAGCAAUGCAAGCGUUAGAGAUAGAGUUCUUCGGACACACAUCUCAUGCCGCCGCAGCGCCCUGGGAAGGCACGAACUCCCUGGACGCCGCCUUUUUAGCCUAUUCAAGCGUAGCGGUCUUGCGGCAGCAAAUCAAACCUACACACCGGGUUCAUGGCGUGGUGAGGGGAAAAGACCUUCCUGCCAACGUCAUCCCCGAUUAUGUUCAGAUGCUGUGGUACGUUCGCGCGCUGACUGCAGCCGAGCUCGACGAGUUGCGCGAGCGCGUCAUAAACUGCUUCCGAGGAGCAGCCCUCUCCAGCGGAUGCAAAAUCAAGAUCAAUGAACAUCCCGCUAACUUGGACUUGCGCCAGAACACUGCACUGGCUCAUGAUUUCGCCAACACAAUCAAGCAACGUUACGAGAUGAACACGACAUUUUCCGAAGGCGCGGUCGGUGGCUCGACGGACUUCGGGAAUGUUACUUACGGCAUGUCUUCGUCUAUACCCACUGUUCCCAAUGGUGGGAACCACACACCGGAAUUCACUGACGCCGCGAGAACAAAAGCCGCUCACAAGGAAACCAUGGAUGUUACGAAGGGCCUCGCUCUGACAGGGUUCCGGAUGUUGGAUGAUAACGAUUUCUUCUAUUCGGUAAAGAAAGCAUUCGAUGACGAAAGGAAGUUAUGA